AUGGGAGACGAUAUCACAAGUAGCGCCGUCACGCUCCUUGUGCUAUCAUGGAUCAUUGUCUGCCUGCGAUGCGGCGUGCGGCUGUUCCUCGUCAGGGCCUUCGGCGUUGACGACUGGCUGAUGCUCAGCUGCCAGAAGAUCAUAUACACCAUCUGGGGCACAUGCCUGAUUCUGGGAGCACACGCGGGGAUGGGCCACCACAUGGCCUCACUCAGCCCGGAGCGGACCGUGUUGGCGUUGAAGUACUUUUACGCAUGUGGAGGCCUGUACUUGUUCACCACGACCGUGGUGAAGAUCGCAGUCGGCGUCUUCUUGCUUCGCGUCAUCGCCCACCCCGUUCAGAAAUACACCAUCUGGGGCGCGCUGGUCGUGUCGACCGGCUAUGGUAUAUUCAUGAUUGUGGGCUCCAUGUUCCAGUGCAACCCGCCCGCCAAGUUCUGGAACCCCAGUCUCGAGGGGUCGUGUAGCAACAAGUCCGGCGGUGUCUGGACCGGCUAUCUUCACGCCGCCAUCAGCGCCGGCGUCGAUUUCGUCUUGGCCGGCAUCCCCUACUUCAUGCUCCGACACUCGAAUUUGGGGUGGAAGAAGAGGCUUGCCAUCUACCUGAUCAUGUCCCUGGGCUCCUUCGGCGCCAUCACCACUCUCAUCCGCAUCCGCACCAUCACCGACCUGACCAGCUCAUCAGACUACCUCUACAACCUCAAGGACAUCAUCGUCUGGUCCUGGGUCGAGCCGGGCUGCGGCAUCAUCGCCGGCUCCAUGGCCACGCUGCGCCCGCUCGUCCGCGUCGUGUGCGAGAAGACGGGCAUCUCCAAGUCGGGCUCGCGCACGCACACCAGCACCGCCGCGCGCUACGACCCGGACGUCGACCUGGACGAGCUGCGCGGCGAGGCGUCGGCCACGCGGACCAACAUCGAGGCGCGCCGGAGCCCGACCGGGGCGGGCGACCCGUUUGGCGGCGGCAGCGGUCGCAGGAGCAGCCGCGAGUCGGGCACGUCCGAGUCCGGGUGGCAGAGCUUCGGGAGCCAGGAACACCUGCAGAACACGCGCAUCAAGCGCAGCGUCCAGGUCACGAUUCACACGUCGGAUGCGGCCGACUGCGCUAAUGAAAUCCAGUCUGCCCGCACGCCGACGGGUGUGAAACGAGUUUUGUAG